UAAAAUAUUCAUUAUCGAAGUGUGUUUCAGUGCGUUUGGUAAAGCGAAGUUUACAAUAACGUGUCUUAUCUUAUCAUCCAAUCCAAUCUUUACUUUACAUUACGAUGUCUGGUCGUGGUAGAGUCAAAGGAGCCAAACUCAAGACAAAGCAGAUAACUCGUUCAACUCGUGCCGGUUUGCAGUUUCCUGUCGGUCGCAUUUUGACAUAUCUGCGUAAAGGGAAUUACGCCAGUCGUAUUGGAAGCGGAGCAGCCGUGUAUUUAGCCGCAGUUUUGGAAUAUUUGGUCGCCGAAGUUGCGGAAAUUGCCGGUAACGCCGCUCGUGAUAAUUCCAAGAAGCGUAUCACCCCGAGACAUCUGAUGUUGGCUGUCAAAAACGAUGAAGAAUUGAGCGCAUUGCUGCAAGGCGUUACUUUUGCCGAAGGAGGUGUGAUGCCCAAUAUUCAUCGUUCGCUUCUACCACCCAAGACUGAGAAGCUUGACAAAACGGCUCCUGCUACUGCAAGUUAGCCGCACCGGUUUCAUUGAGAAAACCGAUUCCCCCUUCACGUGACAAGAAGGCCGGAAUUUGAUUCCAAUUAGCCCGAACUUCUGUUAAAACGGUCCUUUUUAGGACCCUAAUUUUGUAUUUCUUCAUCGUUUGUGAUUUAAUGGUACAUGUUGCGAAUUAUGAUAAUAUUGGUAAUACGUUUUGAAGUU